CUUCCACCAUCUGUGAACCACGUGACAAAAAUGCCAGUGUGUGCUCCGAAACCACACGAGCAGCAGCUAGGUUAUCCCACGUCGUAAACAACAAUAACCACCAGAAACUAAUUGAAGAAACCCAGGCAAAUGAGUGAGUAAUUUGAUAAUUUCCAAUUGACAAAAACUGGAAAUUAUUAAAAACGACUCAAGAUGUCAACGACUUAUAUAUCAUGCGCCUGCAACUCUCAACCCCGCGCGGUAGACUGGGGCACAAACGGUCUCGUCUGCUAUGGAUACUCGAACUCCAUCGCAAUUUACGACCCGAACGUGGAGACCACCGGCAAAGUCCUCCAAACACUGCACAAGCACUCCUCUCAGGUGAAAGUGGUCCAAUGGAUCGAAACAGAUCGAACCACUCCAGAAACCGAGAUUCUAUCAGGUUCUCGAGACGGUUCUGUCAUCGUCUGGAGCAAAACCCCCGUGACAUUCACCCCAAACAUAACUAUAACCCUGGGAGAUCAACUGACAACAGCGCACGCAGCUUAUCUCAACAGCAACGAGGAAGAUCGAAACGAAGAGAAAGGAGAAAAUCGACCUCUGCUGAUUUGUGCCUCGUCCUUCAAAGAAAUCUUCUCGGUCUGGCUCAGAACCUCCUCUGGGACCAUCUCAGACAAACAAACACUCGACCUGAAGGGAAAAAUCCCCACAGAAGCUAGAAUAACUCACCUCCCAGGACCACGAAACACACCAGCACUGAUUAUUGUAAUGGACGACGCAACGAUUCACCUGUUCACGUGGAGCAGGCCUCCAGCAAAUUCUGGUCCCCCCAAACUGAACUUCCAGUUGUCGAAGCAACUCACGGGGCAUCAGGACUGGAUCCAGUGCCUCGACAUCAUGCAGAUUUCCCCAACAGCGUCCCUUCUGGCGUCAGGAUCUCAAGACGGAACGAUUCGUUUGUGGAAAAUAUCGAUAUCUUCUCAGGAAAAACCUCCAGAGGAUCGGGUAAACGAAUUCACAGUGGAGAAUCAACUGUUCGAGGUGACUCUGGAGUCUAUUCUGAGUGGUCAUGAGCAUUGGGUUUAUGGGGUACACUGGCAUCCGCCAGUUCUGAUGGACGGGGAGUGGAGGAGACCAAAUAAAUUACUAUCGAGUGCUUUGGAUAAAACUAUGAUCAUCUGGGAGCCUAAUUCUGCUGGAGUUUGGAUGGAAACCGUUCGAUUGGGGAAAGUGGGGGGUAAUACGCUGGGAUUCUAUGGAGGGAAGUUCAAUGGAGAUGGAACGAGUGUCCUGGCUCAUGGGUAUCAAGGAACGUUCCACAUGUGGCGGUUUGAGGAGGAGUUGAAGAGGUGGAACCCCAGGACUGCACCCAGUGGACAUUUUUCUGACGUCAGUGAUCUGCAUUGGGAUCCUGAGGGGCGGUACCUCAUUACCACGAGCUUGGACCAGACGACGAGGGUCCAUGUCCCCUGGAGGAAAUCAGGGAAUUCUGAAAUUUGGCACGAAAUUGGGAGGCCUCAGAUUCAUGGGUAUGAUAUCAAUUGUCUGGCGGUUCUGUCCCCUCAUUUGUUCGCUUCGGGGGCAGAGGAGAAAGUUGUGAGGAUUUUUGAGGCUCCCUUGUACUUUAAGAAGUGUUUGGAGGGGUUGGAGUGGAGGAAUCCGAGGAGCACUGGAGAUCGAGCUUCGGUUCCUGCUUUGGGGCUGACGAAUAAGGCUGUCGACGGAGAGGGGAUUGAUGACGAGGUGGAGGGUGAUGACUUGAGGGUGGAGAGACCGCCCACGGAAGAGGAGAUUGUUAGGUACACACUGUGGCCAGAGUUGGAGAAACUGUAUGGCCACGGCUACGAAAUAUUCGCGAUGGCAGCGAGGCGCGAUGGAAGGAUACUCGCGACUUCUUGUAAAUCAGCCAAUGCUGAGCACUCCAGCAUCAUUCUCUGGAGUACCAAGACCUGGGGGCAAAUCCAGAAACUCUCCGCGCACAGAUUGACAGUGACUCAGAUGGAAUUUUCUCCAAACGAUCAAUUUUUGAUUUCUGUAUCGAGAGACAGGAGAUGGGCCCUUUACAGAAGUCUCCAGGAUUCUAACAACGAUAACAUUAACUAUGAAGUGAUUUUAGUCAGUCCUGCUGCCAAUGCCCUGCACACCAGGAUAAUCUGGUGCUGUUGUUGGACUCCAGACUCGAAAUAUUUUGCCACAGGAUCCAGAGAAGGUAAAAUCGGACUCUGGAAUGCUGACAGUCUUUCGAAAGGCGAAACUCCUAAACCUGUGGGGAGCUUGGACCUCCAGGGUAGUUCCGUCACUGCCCUCGCCUUCCACCGAGAGAUUUUAAAAGGGAAUAAUUAUGUUCUGGCUAUUGGGGUCGAAGAGGGAAGAAUCGAAGUGAAGAGAAUCAAUUUUGAAAACAAUGAAGGAAGGUUUCUGGAUUGUUUGGAGCUGGACACUUCUGCUGCACAUCACAGAACUGUUAAACGACUAUCGUUUAGACCGAAUAAUACAGAAGGAGUGGUGCAGUUGGCGAGCUGCAGUUCUGAUCGAGCUGUGAAGAUUUACGAUAUAGAGAUCUCAAGAAUUUUGGGAGAGGAUAUUUAAUUAAUAAAGAUGUUUUGUAAACUUA